CCCCCCGCGCCUGUCUCAUGCGAGCAGCGGCUCCAGGGGGGCUCCGCUCCCCGCCGGGGGCUCCGCUGGUAGCUGGCUACUUUGUGCGAGUGCUGCUGCUGCUCCCAGCCCGGGCCUCCCCGGCAGCAGACCCCCCUCGCCUCGGGCAGCAUCCGGCCCAGCGCAAAGACUUGCCCGCGAGCCGCCCGGGGCACGGAGAUCCCCCUCCUCUCGGGGCCGGGCACGCGGUCUCGGUGGCCCUUGCCGCUGGCUCGCGGUUUCCUUCCCCCGAGGAGUCACCCCGCGGCCGGGCUCCCCGCCUCCCGAGCGGCGGAUGGUGCAGCCAGACGGCAGCCCAGGUUGUUACAGAUAAGCAGCGGAUUCAAAAAAAGAGAGACCGCUUCGGUAUGACAGCUGUAGAAUUACUGGGAACAGGAUUAAAGGGAACAAAUGAAGACCAUGAUCUGCUUUUGACUUCCGCAGCACCAGAUGUGCAUGGGAUCCAUUCACUGUUUGCCUUGAUCCCCUCAUGGACAAAGAAGAUUUUGUUCAAACGAGAGUCUACCAUUAACCAGCAGCUGCCGGAAGAUGUGCCAAGAAUUUCAGUGUCUUCUGGGUAUGGGAUAACUCUUCAGAAAUGUGCAGUGGUGGCUACUCAACAUGAUCUCCAAACUGCAUAUGUAAGACUUCUGAUAAAUAAUACCAACACACCAUCUGCAUCCAAUGUCACAGAUCUCAUUCUGCUGGACAAUAUUACUGGCCUCCAUGUUCAAGGAACCAGUGGUAAUAAGACUACAGAUGGGUUCCAGAUAUAUAGGAGAGGAUUCCUGCAAGUUGGAGAAUACUACUCAAUCAACUACAUUGCAUUUCUUGAUGCAAAAGAAACCUGGGAUGGCAGAGUCUUGACACUGCCUGCUACAUUGACCUUCAACAGUUCAUCACUGAACAAAACACAGCAUAGUUUGACUGCAUCAUUCACCAUAACAGGAGAGGAAAAGACUAAGAUUUUGUACAGCCAUGGCAUCCAUGCUUCAGGAUUCUUCGUUGCUUUUGUUAUUUCUCUUGUAUUAACAUGCGUUGCUUUUUUUGCUGUUUACCAAACUAGAAGAUUAAAAUGGAGUUUCCUUAAUAAAAACCAGGAGAUACGAUAUGAUCUUACUCUAGAUCACAAACUGGAGUAUUCACAGUUUAAUUCAGGAGAUCCCUUUAAUGAAGAUAUCAUUAUGAAUGACCAAAUCAUUGAGAUACUGGCCUUUGAAGACUCCAAGAACAUGCUUCAAGCUUUAGAAGACUUGAAGGUAGCAAACCUGACUCGUGCAGAUGCUGAUCUGGAAGCAUAUCGAAUGCAGAUGUGCAAAGAGGUGAUUGCCAUGUUGAUGAAGAACAUGGUUUUCAGACACAAUCUCUCUCCUAAUGUGGAGAAAAGGAUAGGUUCAAUUCUCAAAAAGCAGUUUUUUGCAAUGGAGAAUGAAGUUCAGGAGGAGUAUACAAGGAAGAUGGUGGCUUUAACCGCCGAAUGUAAUCUAGAGACUAGGAAGGAAAUGGAGGUUCAGCACCAACGAGAGAGAGCUGCAAAUGAUGAGGCUGAAGAAUUAAUCAAGCGAUUGAAUGAGAAGGUAAAUCAGUCUGCUACAGAAUACAGAUGUCUUCUGGAAAAAAUUCACAAACUUGAGCAGAACCACAUGAAGAGGUUCCUUUCGGUGAGGCAAGAGGAGUACUUUGCAAAAGCUUAUCGACAGCUGGCUAUUUUCCAGAGAACAGAGCUCCAUAAUGUCUUUUUUACUCAGAUAAAAAAUGCCAUUUUCAAGGGAGAAUUGAAGUUAGAAGCAGCCAAAGCAUUAGUGCAGGAUUACUCUAAAAUACAGGAGGACAUUGAAGAGCUAAUGGAUUUUUUGCAGGCUAAUAAGAAGUAUCAUCUGAGUAAAAGAUUUGCUUACAGAGAGUACCUAAUAAAUAAUAUUCAUUUAUGGGAUUCCCAAGCCUCUUCUCUCUUGAACACAGCAGCAAGCCAGAUAACAAGUCUCAUUAACAAGACGGAAAGAGCUGGUCAUUUGUCUGAAAAUCAUUUGGGAACACUUCUAGACCAAGCUCAGGCAGAAGUUCAUUCUGUUAAACAGAAGUUGGAUCAUAAUUUAAAACAGGAAAAGCAAAGGCUUCACCAGAAACUCGUUACUAAGAGAAGACGAGAAAUGUUGCAAAAGAAAGAACAAAGAAAGGAGCAGAUGUCGAUAGGAGACACUUUCAAAACCACUAAAGAGGUUAGCCACUACUUGAGCCACUGGCAAAAGCUUCUGACUGAUCAUGCUGUUGAAUUUGAAGAGCUUAUUGAAAAGCUUGAUAAUGAUGCCAGUGAAGAAAUAAAAGUGCUUAGAUUUACUUUGACAGAGAAAGCUAUUGAUGAACUUAAACGCAUUCAGUAUGGAGUAAUCACUCAAGAACUGUUAAAACUGAGUGUGCCAAAGCCAUUCCUGCAACAAAUUGUUGAGGAGCAUAAAAAGGAAAUUGCUAUUCAGACUGAACAGCUUGAAAAAGAAGAACAUGACAAAAAUAUGGCCACUCGAGAAUGGCUUGAGAAUACCAGGCAAAAACUGAGCCAAGAGCUGGAACACAGAAUUGCAGAACAAAAAAAAUUAAGGAGUUGGGAACAGUUAGUGUUCAAGAGACUUUUAAGUCUGCCUCUUUCAUUAUCUGAAGAGGAAUUGCUUAGAAUGAGGCAAGAGUUCCAUUGCUGCUAUUCUCAGAUGGACAAUAACUUAGCUUUGCCCAAGAUUCGGAGAAGAGCUUUGCUUCAGGCGUAUCAGUCUGCGUGGAGGGAAGCGGAGCUGCUGAAAGUGGAUCAGAACUCAGCAGUAUCCGACAAACAGUCCAAGAUCAAAAAACAACGAUCCAAGAAUAGAAAUAAGAUGGAUGUUCUGAAAAAAUCUUUGGAGGAUAAAAUUCGCAUCUAUGACGAACCGAUUACAGAUGAAAAUUUGAGCAAGGUCCAUAAUGAGUUGCUGCUUGAAAAGGAGCAUCAGUUGCAUUCUCGGGAGAAUAAACUUGGAGAGUCCAUUGCUGCUUUACAGUUCCAAAAGACUGAUAAGAAGUCCAAAACGUUGGAGAUUUACACCGCUAUCAUAAGUGUACAAGCUUUGCUUCUGGAAGAAUUGAGUACAUCAAAAAUACUAUCAGAAUCAGAGUGUACCCACAUUUUAGAGGCACAUAAUCCUGAGAUUGAAGAACUUGACAGAAAGUUGGAAUAUGAAAUGUUACAUAAGGAGACGGCUCAGCAGCAGCACCUAUUGAAUAGGCAGAGAUGGACUCCAGAUGGAUUGGGACUUUCAGAUGAAGUUGUGGAAAUUAAUGCAGAGAGACAGGUGUCUGCUCUGCUGUGUCAGGCAUUGAAUAAGUGUAAGCAAUUGGUAAAUCUGCAUCGGCAAAGCUUACAAGAAGAGCAAUGGAAUGAUGUGGUGCUUGAAGAUCUUCUGGAGAAUAUAGAAAUGGAUAUGUUUUUGGCACUUUACAGCCAGGAGCUCCGAUUGGCAGCUUAUUUAACCAAACUGACAAUGGUACCAGUGGGGAUGUUGCACAGACUGCUGAACUUACUGCUGCCUUCGAGUUCACAGACUGAGCUUCUUUCUGUUCUGGAUUCAAUCAGCGACAAAUAUGCAGACAGUGUUAUUGAAAGUGACAUAAAUGUGGAGGAAGCUGACAGCUGUAGAAAGAGGAAGCACCAAGGGUCAUGGCAAGCGUUAGAGAGCAAAGUAAGGCAGGAUCUGAUAAGCAAAGGCUUGGAGAAGAUGCAUUCUGCAAACAGGAGUAAAGAAAGCCUGCUAAAGAAGAAGCAACUUGCACUCAUGGAAAGAACAUCAUUCUCUCCUCUCGGAUGUUUGUCUAGACACCCUCCUGUGGAACCUUCUGGCCAGCCUGAUUCAUUGAACACUGCUGCUGGAGAAGCCAUUGAGCUAUUAGACACAGGGGAGAAGAUAUUUCUGUUCCGUGAUCAAAGGGAUCCCAUACUUGCUUUGCAUAGUUCUCCAAGAAAAAAGAAAAAGAACUUCCUAAAUUCCAAGAAGACUGCGUUGGCAAACAUGGGCUAAUGAGGGAGAUAGCCAUUCAGUGCAUCAAUUAGUGAGAGGAAGUUUAUUUCCAAAUAAGGAUCAUGAAAAAGGAGAAAAUCAUCUGAGUCAUUGUUAAAAAACAAUUUUUGUAUAAGUUGCAAUAGUUUGAUUUUUGCAUUGUAAAUAGUUUUUAUUCUUACAACUGGAUUUUGCACUCGUCAUCCAGCAGUGCAAAAUCUAUAUCUAUUAAUUAUUGUUUUAGUGCACACAGGAGCAGUAGGUGAAUUUGUGUCAUACUCUGUGAUAUACAUUACAUAACUGAGGGCAGGAUGUAGUGCUCAUAUAAUUCAUUGUAUGAGUUUUGUACUCUCAGCGUACGCGCAGUGUGCCUAGCCAUUUGAUAGCAUCGUCUUCAGCCAGGUGAAGAGCUGGUAGCUAGCCGUCAGCGGGCACUUGUCAAAGAUAUGCAACAUAGUCUGAAGUUGGCCGCAUCUACAUUGUGGGCCAUUAGAGAAACCCCAUUUGAAGAGAUUGGCCACACAAUUGCCCUGUCCUGUUUGAAACUGGUUCAGGGAAGCCCACACAUGCUUUGGCAGGUCUGAUGGUUGAGGCAGUGACGAGAGAGUGAUUAAUGACUAUCACUGCUGACCACUCAUUACGCCAAGCAGAUUCCACCGUGAUGUCCUGUGGUGGUAUAAGUGACCAUAAAGAGUAUCUAGAAGACAGGUGAAGUUAGCAGGUGGUUGAAGAGGUCUGAGUACGGAGGCAAGUCACAUUUCUCACGGAUCUUGGCCAGGAGCAUGAUGGAGACCCCCUCGUGGCGAAUAUGGGGCGGAGCUAUGUUACUAAGUAUUGGCAGCCAUGGCAACGGAGUUGCACAUAACAUCCCAGUAACCGUGCAUAGCUUUGUCAAGCUCUACAUCAACCAGCCUCGUGUGAGAUGAGCGACAGCAGACAGGAGCACAGUACUCUGCUGUUGAAUACUGAUUUGACUGUUUGCUAUAUUUUUAUUAUUGUUUAUAUGUGGUGGUAACUUAUGUGAAAUCAACCCCUGAUUAAUUAUUGCAGGAUACAGUACUAAAUAGAGAUAAGGAUAAGGAAAAACUGUAUACCAGAUAACUCUGGUAAUUAUUAAUAAAUAGUUUGUUAAUAACCACUAUAAAUUGGGUUUUAUUUUUGCAAACUGCUUCCUAAAAUUACAGCUAGUGGACUAGAUCCUCCAAACACUUAUGCAUGUGCUUAAUUUUGCUCACCAGAGUAGUUACAUUGGCUUCAGUUUUUCACCAGCUUCCCCAAACUUGACUGAGUUUGGCUCAGGCAUAAAUGUUCGCGAAAUCUGACCCAAUCUUUGUACUAGUGGAGCAACAAUAUUGUAUCUGCUCACAGACAAAGAGGGAAAAUGGGAAUUAUAUUAUUUUCCUAAGGCAUUAGUGAUCACAGUGUUACCAACUAUAACGGCGUCGACCUCUCAUGAGCACCCCCUUUCUCUGGCCAAUGUACUUGCAAUCACAAUUCUUUUUCACGGGGCGGCACUCACCUCUUGUGAUGGCCCCCUUUGGUUAGUUGGGUGUGAGCCUGCUUUUGUUUUUUGGUCUUA